AUGCUCGUCCAGUACCUGCUUGCCAUCCUCUCCCUACCCGCCUUCACCUUCGCCUUUCCCACUACCAAAUCUAUUUCCGAGCGCGCCACCUUUUCCGACGUGAUGUUUACCAGCACUUUUCCGGAGCAGAUCGUCCCCGGCUCCACCACUCUCAACCUUGCCUGGGAAGGCGGUGAUGGUCGUUACGAAGGUGUAUACCAUAUUGGAGUAUCCUGGUCUUCCUACCAUCCACGUGAAGUCCUCUUGAGUGGAGCUUUUUCUGGUACACUUGACUGUUGUUUGGCAUGGGGCUCAUUUUCCCCAUCAUGCGUAUAUCAGCCUGGAUUCAUAUUCCACAACACGACAGAGACGUCUGUGACUUGGACCCUCAACAGCCCUACGUACGGUACUUUCCUGCAAACUCGACGCUGCGUGGGCGGAAACAGUCGAUUUGGAGUCGCAGAUGUGAAUAAUAAUGUCGAUGCCGAGCAUUGGUAUCAGCUCGUUGGGCCUAUUCCUGUUGAUGAAGACUAG